AACAGGUCUGAUGGGUCACUCAACCCAUCUCUCAACUCUUCGUUGACCUUGGGUCAUCCAUUGUCGUCGAACCAUGGCCCCACCCACGCCUAUACCCGCCCCCGAGGCGCCGCACGCGGCCUCGCUCACGCCGAACCACUUCCAAAUCAACACGGUAAUCGUGGGGUGCAUCUACAUCCCCGUUGCGCUCGUAGCGUGGAACCUGCCCGUGGUGCGGGACAUGAUCGCGGGCCUCAAGGCAGGUGGCCGGUCUCCAGACCUGUUCGUCGUCGGCGCCCACGAGCUGUUCCACCUCGCGGUCGGCGUCAUAUGCGGCGGGCAGGUCAGAAGCGUCUGCAUCGAUCCCAACGACGGCGGCUCGACGACCCUCGUCAACCUCAUGCGCACCGAGCCGCGCGUGUACGCCGACCCCGGGCCGAUGACCUUCGGCCGGCUGUACUGGUCGGCAGCGGCGGUCGCGACGCUGAGCGCGGGGUACUUUGGCUCGUCAGUGCUUGGCUUCUGCUAUGUUGUCGCAUCGUUCACCAUCGGCGUGGGGCUGCUGGUGCCGAUUAUCCGGGCCGACCACUGGAUCGCCUACGCAUCCAUCAUGGCGUCCGAGGCGCUCCUCAUCGGCCUCUGGUUCGGCGACCACGGCAACGCGCUGCGGUUCUACGGCAUCCUGCACCUCUUCUACACGGUGUGGGACUACGUCGACGAGCGCGUGUUCGAGAAGCCUAACUCGUCCGACUGCACAGAGUUUGCCGGGAUGCUCGGGUGGACAUCGAACAUCUGGGCGGUGGUGUGGUUCGGCUGGGAGAGCUUGGUGUUCAUCACGGCCAUCAUGGGGGGCAUUGUCGCGUUCCAGAAGACGCCCGAGAAGAUGUACUCUGAUGCCGCCGGCUUCCUCCCGACAUAA